GCUUUAGGUAACUUAUUUUCACUCAAACUUCUGUUAUAUAAGUCUUUCCUAAUUCCACAAUUUGUGUGUCAAAUCAAAGAUCUCUGUCCUAUGUCCCACUAAUACAGUUUUUAAAAGCAAAGCAAUUAAUUAGGAUUUCUUUGAGAUUUCCUCCUUGAUUAGUUCAAUUUCUGAGAGGAUUUUAAGUUUUGAGUUGAAAAUGUAUUUGGUGGAGAGCAAGGGAGGUGCCAUAGGGUGUAUGCUGUUGGCUCUUUUCUUCUUAGGGACAUGGCCUGCUGUUUUGACUCUGUUAGAAAGGCGAGGCCGUCUUCCUCAACAUACCUACCUCGAUUACUCAAUCACUAAUUUCUUGGCUGCUAUUAUCAUUGCUUUUACAUUUGGUCAGAUAGGAAAUGGGACAGUUGAUGCGCCAAAUUUCUUAACUCAACUUGCUCAGGAUAAUUGGCCCUCAGUAAUGUUUGCAAUGGCAGGUGGUGUGGUCCUUAGCCUUGGAAAUCUGUCGACACAGUAUGCAUUUGCUCUAGUUGGGCUGUCGGUUACCGAAGUGAUUACAGCAAGCAUAACUGUUGUUAUAGGCACAACCUUAAAUUACUUUUUGGACGACAAAAUCAAUAAAGCCGAGAUUCUUUUCCCUGGAGUGGGUUGCUUUUUGGUUGCGGUUUGUCUAGGCUCGGCUGUUCAUGCAUCUAAUACUGCCGAUAAUCAGGCUAAGCUCAAGGAUUUUUCAAGUCAUCAUAAUGAUGUAACCUUGGACUCAUUGAAAGAAGGAAACAUAGUUAAAUCAAAGGAUCUUGAAAGUGGAGGCAGUUCUGCAGAAAAAUUGAAAGCAGGAACUGCAGUUUUUCUCAUAGAGAAUGAGAACAGAAGAGCUAUUAAGGUUUUCGGGAAAAGACCUUUGAUUGGAUUAACCAUAGUUUUCUUCGCUGGAAUCUGCUUUUCUUUGUUUUCACCAGCAUUCAACUUAGCAACAAAUGACCAGUGGCACAGUUUAAAAAAAGGGGUUCCCCAUCUGAAUGUUUACACCGCCUUCUUCUAUUUUUCAGUAUCUUGUUUUGUUAUCGGAAUAAUUCUAAACAUCAUUUUCCUUUACCAUCCUGUCUUGAACUUACCCAAGUCAUCGUUGACGAAUUAUUUGGGAGACUGGAAUGGAAGAGGCUGGGCCUUGUUGGCUGGUUUCCUUUGUGGAUUUGGGAACGGCCUUCAGUUUAUGGGAGGUCAAGCUGCUGGAUAUGCAGCAGCUGAUGCUGUCCAGGCACUUCCACUUGUGAGCACUUUUUGGGGAAUUAUUUUGUUUGGAGAAUAUAGGAAAUCAUCAGGAAGAACAUAUAUCUUACUGGGGAGUAUGUUGUUUAUGUUUAUUGUGGCUGUUGGUGUGCUCAUGGCAUCAUCAGGGCACAGGAAACAUUGAUGAAGCUUUUAUAUAUGGAACAACAUGCCAAUGAUUGAUUUGAACUCACAAAUGUAUAUAAUAAUAAUAAGGAUCAUUUAUUUAUUUUUCUUUUAUUAUCUAUUUUAAAUUAAUUUUGUAUAGUUAAUUAUCUAUUUUAAAUUAAAUUUGUAUAGUUAAACUUCCAAUGUUAACAUUCAUGUGAUAAAAUAUUUAUCCAAUGUUUAUUUUUUUGAUCGAA